AUGGCCUUUCUCUGGAUCUUCCUUGGCUUCCCCCUCUUUGGCACGAGCUUUGACAGUGAGAGCACCAAGGGCCUGGAGGAGCAGGAGACCCCACCCCAUAGCCAGGGACCCUGCCUUCAGGCAGAGGUGGGGUGCUGCUCACUGGAGGUGCCCGGGCCCGGCCUAUCAGCUCUGGGCUCCCAGUUCCAGGCCUUGCUCACAGGCUGCGGGGUCCCUGCCAUCCAACCUGAGCUCAACAGUCUGUCCAGAAUUAUCAAUGGGGAGGACGCUGUUCCCGGCUCCUGGCCCUGGCAGGUGUCCCUCCAGACCCGCUCUGGUUUCCACUUCUGCGGGGGCUCCCUCAUCAGCGAGGACUGGGUGGUCACCGCUGCCCACUGCGCGGUCAGGAGGAGCCACAGGGUGGUGAUCGGGGCAUCUGAUCGUAGCUCCGACCAGGAGGUCGUCCAGGUGCUCAGGAUUGCUAAGGUGUUUGAACACCCUCUGUGGGACGAGCAGACGGUUGAAAACGACAUCACUCUGCUGAAGCUGGCAGCACCAGCCCAACUCUCUGACACCGUGUCCCCCGUCUGCCUGCCCAGCGCCAGCGCCACCUUCCCUGCGGGCUCCCUGUGUGCCACCACGGGUUGGGGAAGGACCAGGCCCACUGCCGACAAGACCCCCGAGAAGCUACAGCAGGCAUUCCUGCCCCUCCUGUCCAAGGCUGACUGCAAGAAAUACUGGGGCAGCCGGAUCACCCCCCUCAUGGUGUGCGCCGGGGCCAGCGGCGUGUCCUCCUGCAUGGGCGACUCCGGUGGCCCCCUGGUCUGCCAGGAGGAUGGUGCUUGGACCCUGGUGGGCAUCGUGUCCUGGGGCAGCAACCAGUGUCACCCGUUCUCACCAGGUGUGUAUGCCCGCGUCAGCAAGCUUAUGCCCUGGGUGCAGGAGGUUCUGGAGGCCAACUGA